AUGUGUCACGUCGGCGAGAAGCAGUCCGCUGAAGCUGCACAGAGACCACCUAUUGAGACCCCAUACCAAGGUUUGGUUUUCACUGAACCUAAAGGCAAUCUAAUUCCAAUUUACCACUGGGAGAACAAAACAAACAGCCAUUUCUACACAUCUGACCCGAUAUCUGCCGUCACGCUAGAGGCCACGGAAGCAUACGUAAAGAUUGGAAUUGCUUGGUACAUCUAUCCAAAGCGGCAGGACGGCACUAAAACACUACCUCUGGUCCGUUGGUAUGAUCCAGUCGAGGGAUUCUAUCGAUACACAGCUAGUGAGGUGGGCCUCCUUUCUCCAGCUCCAGAAUGCAAGCGCGAGGCUAUUCUAGGCUAUAUACCCAUCCAAGAUCGCGACACCCUUCCAACACCCGGCACCAUUGCUAUUGAUCCCGAUAUCAUCUUCCAACCGACUGGCCUUUUCACCUUCGACCCAGCUUUUACAGACGAGCAACGCUAUCAGAUCCUCCAGGCGCACAGCAUCGCCUACGAACGCGCGGGUGUCUGCCACUCUAUCUCCGGCCAAGAGGCCGGGGAAGUGCGCGGGCUAUAUUGGGUACAAAUCCACCAUGGCAUUGACACGAACCCAAAUAACAACGCCAGCACAACUGUCGGCAGCCGUUUCAUCGAUGUCAGUAUUACCAACUUGCUGUCGCUGUCGAAGAAUGAGAUUGCGCAGACGCUAUUGCACGAGAUGCUGGGAGAAACUAAUUCUGACACGCGCUAG